AUGUGUGAGCAAUACCGUGCCAAUAUCGAAGCCAUUCUGAAGGAUGCUGACCUCGCCACUGUGUCUGCAAAGAGUAUUCGCCGUUCACUGGAGGCGCAAACGGGCACAUCUCUAGAUCCCAUCAAGAAGGAGAUCAAUGCGUUCAUUGGCGAUAUCUUUGUGAAAUUCCAGGAGCAACAAGAGAAAUCCUCGCUACCACCACCACCGCCAGUAAGCCGAGCUCAAGAUACCAAUGCCAAAGUAAUCAAAAAGACGACAUCACCAGCCAUCAAGAAACCAGCACAAAAAAAGAAAAAGGAAGUAAAAGAGAAGCGAGUGAUUGAUUGGCCACUACUGAAGGUAUCACCACCUCUCAGUGACAUUAUCAAAACUGAUCUUUGUUCGCGUCCUCAGGCAGUGAAGAAGAUGUGGGAAUAUAUCAGAGAGCACAACCUGCAGUCAGAGACGGACAAGCGUGUUUUGAGAUGUGAUGCCAAGCUGAAGGAACUGUGCGAUGGUGAGGAUGAGGUGAGCGCCUUUUCCAUCAACAAAUACACACAAAAGUGCUUUACAAACAUCCCUAAAGAAGAGCAGCCAAAAUACAAGCAGAUACUACUUGAAAGAGAAGCACAAGGAUAA